AUGCGUCUGAUGCUGGUGCUGCUGGGCCUCGCUGCCCUCCUGGGUACCUCUCAGAGCCGGACUAACUGCUACGGUGAUGUAAGCAGAACUGACACCACUGGGGCUUCGUGUAAAACAGCAAAACCAGAGAAAUUAAACUACUGUGGAGUUGCAGCUUCCAGAAAGAUUGCCGAACGGGACCUACGAAGUAUGGAUAGAUAUAAAACUCUCAUUAAGAAAGUUGGCCAAAAACUGUGUGUCGAGCCAGCUGUGAUUGCUGGCAUUAUCUCUCGAGAGUCUCAUGCUGGCAAAGCUCUGAAGAACGGCUGGGGUGACAAUGGAAAUGGAUUUGGUUUAAUGCAGGUUGACAGAAGAUCACAUAAACCUGUGGGAGAAUGGAAUGGAGAAAGACAUCUUAUACAGGGCACAGAAAUACUAAUCUCAAUGAUAAAGGCAAUGCAGAGAAAGUUCCCACGCUGGACAAAGGAACAACAGCUGAAAGGUGGGAUUUCUGCCUACAAUGCUGGUCCUGGGAACGUCCGAACCUAUGAAAGAAUGGAUAUUGGCACUACUCAUGAUGACUAUGCCAACGAUGUGGUUGCACGAGCCCAGUAUUAUAAGCAACAUGGAUACUAGACUUGGGAAUCUUCUUUACAGAGUAACUUCUUUACCAUUACUUGCAUGACACCCAUGAGGGAGAUAAAACACAAAGGAGGAAGAUCUAUCCUGCAAAUCUAUACUGAUGCAAAUUUACAGGAAUGAUUUACUUGAAUAAGAACUUGCAGACUAAAACCCCAAAUUUUUAAAACGAUAUUCAGUAAAACACUGGUCAUGUAGUUCCUUUAAA